AUGGAUCAUGCAGAGAUCAGAACAGAGGACAAUGCCUCCACAGUCACACAUUUCAUCCUCCUGGAAUUCUCUGACCUUCCCAACCUCCAGGGGUUUCUGUUUGGAAUGUUCUCCUUAGUUUACAUCAUUAUCCUAAUUGGAAAUAGCUCCAUAAUUGUGAUAACCAUCCUCGAUCCUGCACUACAGAAGCCCAUGUAUUUUUUCCUGGCAAACUUUUCUUCUCUGGAAAUCUGUUAUAUAUCUGUCACUCUUCCGAGAAUUCUGUACAACAUUGGUACUCAGAAUAGAAACAUACCCAAGCUAGCCUGUGCCACACAAACGUGCUUCUUCCUUAUUCUGGGAGCCACUGAAUGUUUCCCUCUGGCUGUGAUGUCUUAUGACCGCUAUGUGGCUAUCUGCAACCCUCUGCACUAUCCCUUGGUCAUGAACCCAGUAAAAUGCAAUCAGCUGGCUGCGGGCUCAUGGCUUGGAGGAAUGCCAUUCCAAGUAGCACAAACCUGUCAGAUAUUCUCUCUAAGUUUUUGCAAUUCUAAUCGAAUUAACCACUUCUUCUGUGACUUACCUCCCAUUCUCAAACUAGCUUGUGAAGAUACUUCGGUUAAUGAACGGUCUGUCUACUUAGUGACUAUUCUCAUUGCUACAGUACCUUUUAUGUUGAUACUUGCUUCUUAUAGCAAAAUCGUUGCUACCAUUCUGAAGCUGCCAACAGCCACAGGACGAGCAAAAGCUUUUUCCACUUGUUCUUCCCAUUUGCUUGUAGUGUUUUUAUUUUUUGGAUCAGCCACGGUUACUUACUUGAGACCAAAGUCCACACAUUCUCCAGGAACUGACAAACUGUUCUCUCUCUUCUACACCAUUGUGACUCCCAUGUUUAAUCCUUUGAUAUACAGCCUUAAGAACAAGGACGUGAUUGCCGCACUGAGAAAAUUGUUACUUAGAAAAUAA